CCGCUGGGAGCGUCCGCGCAGAGAACUCACCAGAUCCAGCGAAGCUGUCCGAGAGUCUGGGCAGCAGCGGCGAGGCCGGCAGGAUGUUCAGCUGGAUGGGGCGGCAGGCAGGCGGGCGAGAGCGCAUGGGAGGCGCCGACGCGGUGCAGACGGUGACUGGCGGCCUGCGCUCGCUCUACCUACGCAAGGUGCUGCCCUUGGAGGAGGCGUACCGCUUCCAUGAGUUCCACUCGCCAGCCCUGGAGGACGCCGACUUCGAAAACAAGCCCAUGAUUCUGCUGGUGGGUCAGUACAGCACCGGCAAGACCACCUUCAUCAGAUAUCUACUGGAGCAAGAUUUCCCAGGCAUGCGGAUUGGUCCAGAGCCCACCACGGAUUCAUUCAUCGCUGUGAUGUAUGGGGAUACAGAGGGCAAUACCCCUGGAAAUGCUUUAGUUGUGGACCCCAAAAAGCCAUUUCGAAAGCUAAGUCGCUUUGGAAAUGCUUUCCUGAAUCGGUUCAUGUGCUCACAGCUGCCCAAUCAAGUUCUGAAGAGUAUCAGCAUCAUUGACAGUCCUGGCAUCCUGUCCGGAGAAAAGCAGCGGAUCAGCCGAGGCUAUGACUUCUGCCAAGUUCUGCAGUGGUUCGCUGAGCGGGUGGACAGGAUCAUCCUGCUCUUUGAUGCUCAUAAGCUGGACAUCUCAGAUGAGUUCUCAGAAGCCAUCAAGGCCUUUCGGGGCCAGGAUGACAAGAUUCGAGUGGUGCUGAACAAGGCAGACCAAGUGGACACACAGCAGCUGAUGCGUGUCUACGGGGCACUCAUGUGGUCCCUGGGCAAGGUCAUCAACACGCCUGAAGUGCUGCGUGUCUACAUCGGCUCCUUCUGGGCUCAGCCCUUGCAGAACACUGACAACCGUCGGCUCUUUGAGGCCGAGGCCCAGGACCUCUUCCGAGACAUCCAGAGCCUUCCCCAGAAAGCAGCGGUGCGCAAGCUCAAUGACCUCAUCAAGCGGGCACGGCUGGCCAAGGUACACGCCUAUAUCAUCAGCCACCUGAAGAAGGAGAUGCCCAGUAUGUUUGGCAAGGAGAACAAGAAGAGAGAACUGAUCAGCAGAUUGCCAGAAAUCUAUAUUCAGCUGCAACGAGAAUACCAAAUUUCUGCGGGGGACUUCCCUGAGGUCAAGGCAAUGCAGGAACAGCUUGAGAACUAUGAUUUCACCAAGUUUCACUCCCUGAAACCUAAACUGAUUGAAGCUGUGGACAACAUGCUGAGCAACAAGAUCUCGUCCCUGAUGAACCUUAUCAGCCAGGAAGAGAUCAAUGUGCCUACACAGCUUGUGCAGGGUGGUGCCUUUGAUGGCACAGCUGAGGGCCCAUUCAACCAGGGAUACGGGGAAGGUGCCAAGGAGGGUGCCGAUGAGGAGGAGUGGGUAGUGGCCAGGGACAAGCCUGUCUAUGAUGAGCUCUUCUACACCCUGUCCCCCAUCAAUGGCAAAAUCUCAGGCGUCAAUGCCAAGAAAGAGAUGGUCACCUCCAAGCUGCCCAACAGUGUCUUAGGCAAGAUCUGGAAGCUGGCUGACUGCGACUGUGAUGGCAUGCUGGAUGAGGAGGAGUUUGCACUGGCCAAGCACCUCAUCAAGAUCAAGCUCGAUGGGUAUGAGCUACCCAGCAGCUUGCCCUCCCACCUGGUGCCCCCCUCUCAUAGGAAGUCCCUGCCCAAGACUGACUGAGGGGCAGGCACAGCAAGGCAGCUGAUGGGGGCCAAGCAGGGAUGACCUGGGCCAGAUCACCCUGCUACUGACUCACCAGGUAACCUUGGGCAAGGCAGCCCCUCUCUGUGCCUCAGUUUAUCCAUCUGUAGAACUUGAAAGGGCAGACACCAGACACUAGAUGGAACUCUUGUUUCUUUUUCUUUCUUUUCUCUUUUUAGAUAUAGUGAAAGAGACCACAGCACCAGGACUUGAACCUGGGUUGCACGCAUAGUAAAGGUCACACAAAUAAGCUAUUUUGCCAGCAGGUAGCGCCCUUUCAAAUAUCUAAAGUUCUCUUGUUAGGCAGUGAAUGAGGAGAUGGAAGGGUUGAAAAGGAAUGUGAACUGUCCAAAGACAACUCCAAAGCCUAGAGACAUGGAUGUGGAAGUCUAGGAGCUUAAGGCCGUAGCUGGGGCCCCUCAGAAGUAGCUGUCAACUAGGCAGGUGUCUUAUUUAUAUUCUUUCCUACUUUAUUUAGAGUAGGAAAAAAGAGGAAGGAGACUUUUCUGUUCUCCUCAGUCUGUCUGCCAGAGAAGACCCUGCUUCCAUGUUUGAAAGGAGUUUCCACAUCUAUGUACCCAGCCCCUUUCUCUCAUUCCUUCUCUGUCUCACCCUCUGUCAAGGAAGGGGGGUGGAACUUACUCCUUAAUUUUACCAUUCCUGGAUGACCUUUUCAUUUCAGAUAUAUAGAGAGAGAUGGAGAUAGUGAGAAAAGGAGAGACACCACAGCACUGGAGCUUCUCCCAAUGUCAUAGCACUCCAGUGUAAUGCCAGGACUCAAACUUGGGCCCAUGUACAUGGCAAGGCAUGCACCCUGCCAGAUGAGCUUUUAUUCCUCUGCCACUGCCACCACCACUUUUUUUUUUUUUCUGUCUGAUAUUACCAGUGACAUCAUGGUCAGAACUGCAAGUUGUAGAAGAAAAUUUUAUUUCUGAGAAGUAUUUAUCCAAAUAUCAGUCCUUGCACUUCUAAAGAGUUUGUUUUUAAGAGAAAUAUGUUCAUAGUAUAGUUUUGUAAUAUUGAUGAGCACUUUUAAAUGAGACACAUGGAAAGGAGAAGUCUGCACUUCUAGUACUGUAAUGCGAACAUAGUUCUUUCAAGUUGAAUGCCCAGGUGUGUGAGCACAGAGGAGUUCACCAGAUGGUAGAGUUGAAAGAGACAAGUCCAUUUGCCUCAUUGUUUCAAGAAAGCUGGGGAUGCAGUUCUGUUACAGAGCACAUGCCUUGUAUACAUGAGGUCCUGGGCUACAAAAAGGAAGAGAAAAAAGAGGUUUAGAAAUGGCCAAAGUAGCUGACUUUCCAUUCCAAAUUAUCUUGCCUUUGAAUUCUGCCCAGAUAUCAUAUAUAAAAAUAAAUAUAUACAAAUAUG